CGCGUCCCAUUGCGAUACCUACCUGCGACCUAUCUCGAUCUCUCUGUACCCUUCCGCCUCCUUCUCCUCUGCGCGGCAGCCACCCGGACGCCGGAGACCACCGUAGGCUGGUCGCCGCUGCAUAGGUGGAGACCAUGGAACAUGGCGCGUGCAACGUCAUAUACGUUGACCGGCGAGCCAACGACGAGCACGUAAAACGAGAGACGCUGUCCAGCUCUCUCAUUGCAAGAACGAGCACAGGCAAUGUUGGACAGAGCUACUUUGCGCUUGGCAAGACGCCGCCUGUUGAGGUGCAUGCGAACGUCGAGGCCAUUCUGUCCAUCUUCAAUGAAGUCCACAUCUGCGGUUCUGGCAGCUCAUGUCUGUCCAAGAUCGCCCAGCUUGUCGAUGCUACCAAGUCCAACAUACCGACCUUUGUUAUCCUCGAUGUACCGUAUGACGAAGAAUUACGGUUAAAACGGUUGUCGCGCGAACCUCGUACACCAUCUCCUACGUCUCCACGUAUAACGAGGGUAGACAACGGCGAGCCAGACGAUACAUACAGUACACACCUGCUCACACAUAUUUCUUCAGAGAUAUCGUCAAGAAACUUCUCCAAGCUGGUGGUCCCUGUUGUCAUGCUGACCGGCCUGGAACGCGAAUCUGCGUCCGCCGCCACUCCUCCAUUGAGUCUUAACAAGACUCAAGUCCUCACUGAUACUGUUAGAUUGUCCAAGUACCUGGACUCUGGUGCCGUGGAUGUGCUAUCAAGUCCGUUAUCAAAAGACCGUAUGCAUGGCUUGGCGGUACAUGCCUAUCGAUUACAGAAAGAGGCCACACGCGAAGAUGCCAGCUUUCUGACGACUAAGAGGAAUAGGAAGCUAUCGUGGGUCGGUGUGGACGAUGCAAAGCCAUACGCAUACUUACGUGAGGCUAUGGUAUCCAGUUUGAUGACCGGUAUUUGCAACCCAGAGACCGUUGGGGACUCGUUAGAUGCCUCGGACUUCGAACUGGAACCUGAGAGAAAGAGAGUUGUCGAGGACAAAGUUGCUACCUGGGCAUUUUCAGCGCACAACUUUACUGAUGAUGAGCUAUUAUACGCCGCACUGGUCAUGCUUGAGCAUGCACUCUCGUCUCCAGAACUCUCACAGUGGCAGAUGACCGAAGAUGAACUCAUCGUCUUUCUCAUGGCCAGUCGUACGGCGUAUAAUGAGUUCGUCAAGUACCACAACUUCCGUCACGUCGUCGAUGUCCUUCAAGCGCUGUUCCACUUCCUGGUGCGAAUAGGCACCUUACCCAGUUACCCUCCGACCAACGAAGAGCCUUCUAACAAGAAAUCACCAAUUGCCGACCUACUUAAGCCGUUCGACGCGCUCACAUUGUUGAUAUCUGCAAUUGGACACGACGUUGGUCAUCCCGGUGUCAACAACGCAUUCUUGGUCGCGCUCAACGCACCCUUGGCACAGCUUUACAACGAUCGAUCUGUGCUCGAAUCCUUCCAUUGUGCCGCAUACUCACAAAUACUACGGCGUUACUGGCCAAAGGUCUUCUCCGACAUUGCUAUGCGCAAACUGAUGAUCAACAACAUUCUUGCUACAGACAUGGGGUUACACUUCAAGUACAUGAGUGAUUUGGGAAGUCUUCAAGAGAAGAUUGCACACGACAAGGGAGUCAUUGAUGGAUGGAGUGUCAAAGUUCGCGAGGAACACAAGGAUUUGACUUGCGGCUUGCUAAUCAAGUGCGCGGAUAUUUGCAAUGUUGCACGCAAAUUCGAGACAGCCGCCAAAUGGGCCAACAUCCUUACGGAUGAGUUUAGUAACCAGGGCCUGAUGGAAGAAGAGCUACAGAUGCCAUCUUGUCUAUUUGGAGGACCGCCCGUCCGGGACGAUAUGAUCAAGCUUGGAGAGUCACAGAUCGGCUUCAUGAACAUCUUUGCAAGGCCUCUUUUCGAAGCCGUGACCGACAUUCUACCUGCAAUGCGUUUCGCUGUCGACGAGAUCUUGACCAACAAAUCGAUAUGGGAUACCAAGAUCGACCAAGAAAAGCAAAGGAGGAAGUCGAAGACUCCCAUACACCUCGGCCUACUGCAAGCGUCAUUCGCGCGCGACCCUACCCCGAGCCCCUUCUCUGGCGGCCCAGGCAAGCCGAACGCUACUGUUCCCGCACCACCGACAGUCCAGGAUGAAGCCGGUCGCCGUGGCUCAAGUGGUUCAAUGCAGGGCGGCAUUCAUGGUUCACGCAGAUCUUCCGCUGCGGUAGCCCUUGCAUCACGUGAAAAUCAAAGCUCCUCCCGGCGAGGUAGCGGCGAUGCGAACCUUACAGCGAUACUCGUCACACACACCCCGAAUGCGGGCGAUGAUACCCCUAGGGGCUCGGAUGCUGGCACUGAGGAUCGUUCGAAAGCGGAUCGUAAGGACACGUUGACACGAUCUCCCUCCAAAAAGGACAGAGAUAACGGCAGGCCAGUGACAGCUCCCGCCCCCGCCAGACGCAGUCAGGUUGUUGAGCUUUAUCCCGUCCAACAGUCAUCGUCACAGAGCCAUUCGGAGAUAGAUCUCUUGCAAGGCACUAACAGCAAUCUUGAAGGCUCCAAAUUGCAGCAUUGGGAUAGCAACAAGAUGAGUGGUGAAAGUGGCGCAACACAAUCCGAUCUGUCACGCGAUUCGAGUUGGUGGCGACAGAUGAGCUCGAAACGGCGCACAACACGAGAUGCCAGAAAUGGUGACCACGAUGUUCCAUAUCCACCUAAAGAGUCGAUGCUGAAUCCUCCUACGUCACACCCAGAUUCGAACGCGCAUUCGCAGACUGGGUUGAGCCCUGGCAGGAAGAACACAACUGGGCGUUUCAAGAGUUUCUUCAAGCGGAAGCCCAAGGGCCAAGAAGAGCAGGGAAAACAACUCUCGAGCUUCGGCAGCUCCUCGCAACUCCGGACAACCCCACCUACCAGCGAUCAAGGUCGGUCGUUCAACAGCGACGAUUGAGCGUCCCAAACUGGUCUACGGCUACACAUCCAUUCACAGGAUUGAGACUGUAUAUCCGUCAACGAUGACUAUGGUUUACUUCAAA